CGGAAUUCCCAGAUUCCAACAUGAAGAUCACUAAGAAUAACACCAAACUCAUUCUUCUUCAUUCUUCAAUUCACAAGUACACCUCCCCUCACACCAAUCAUCGCUUUUGCCUUCUCUUCUUCCUCACAUUCCUCACUUUUUUACUCCUCACUCUCAUCCUCCUCACCGCCAUCACCACAACCACCACCGUUUCCUCCACCGCCACCGCCGUUCCAACCCUCCCUGCCUCUGUCGCCAAUGCUCUUAUUCACUACGCAGCCGCAUCUUCCACCAAUGUCACCACCAAAACUCGCCCAAUGUCCACCGCCGAGCUCUCCGCCAUCUCGGCCACUCUGCUUCGAAUCCCUAAUCCCAAUUUCCUCGUCUUCGGUCUCAAUCACGAGUCCCUCCUCUGGUUCGCUCUGAGCCAGCAUGGCCGCACUGUGUUGGUCGACGAGAACGAAUACCGGAUCUCCGACUUCGAGAAAUCCAACCCCGGAGUGGAAGCAUACGACGUUCAGUUCACCACCGAGGUGCGCCAUUACCCUAAGCUACUAUUGCAGGCGAGAACGGAGUUCAAGAGCGAUUGUAGGCCGGUUCAGAAUCUCUUGUUCUCGGAAUGCAAGCUGGGGAUCAACGAUUUGCCGAAUCAUUUAUACGAAAUCCCUUGGGAUGUGAUAUUGGUGGACGGCCCACGCGGAUACUCCCCGACGGCGCCAGGAAGGAUGUCAGUGAUUUUCACGGCGGCUGUGCUUGCUCGGAGCAAGAAAGCCGGCGAUGGAAAGACGAACACUCAUGUUUUCGUGCAUGACUUGAACAGAGAUGUGGAGAGGAUUUUCAGCCACGAGUUUCUCUGCCUGGAGAAUUUGGUGGAGACUGUGGACUCGCUGGGGCAUUUCGUGGUGAGAAGUGAAAGAGAGAAUGGAGCAGUUUCUGAAUUUUGUGCAAGUCCCAGAUCGGCAUUGUCACUAUCGUCAUCAUCGUAAGAUGAAAGAAGAAGAAGAUAAACAAUGGAAGAAUCAAGCAUGGAUCGGAGAUCCAGGAACCUGCAAAAUUUACUUUUUCUUUGCUCUUUACUUUCUGAUGAAGGUAAUAGAAAGAAGUGUAAUUAAAAGUGUUAAGUUAGAUCAAGGAAGGAAGAAUCAAGUGGUAAUGGAACUUUAGGUGUUUUUCCCAGCUACUCGGUUUUAUUAGGUAUAAUAUUCUGAUUUCUGAGAUGAGUGAGUUUGCUUCCUGAGAAAAUUUGGGGAAUAUAAUUAGGA